UGGGCAAAAUAAUUUUGAUUCAUUUUUAAAAAAUACUUCCCUUGAUCUGAGCGGUACAAGACUUGGUUACUUUUCCUAAGUUUGCCUCCUGAACACACACUAAUUUGUUUGAUUCAAUUCUACAAUGUUAAGUGGGUGAAAAAAAAAAAACUCCUUAAUCUUGUAUUUGGGUCAAAAAUGGGCACCCAUAGAAAUGAAUGGGAAAAACUGUAAUUUAGAGCAUUCUUCUUGUUUUUUUUUUAAAAAUAAAUUAAUAGAUCCAAUACAAUGCAUAUCUAACAUACACUCAAAUGAAGAGCUGAUCCUGUACAACAUUCUCAUCAUGGCAAAAACUCACAUUCAUACACACACACACACACAAACAAUGUAUUCAAAGAGCCUGUGACAGAGCUGGGCUAAUGUCUGACCAUGUUUUUUGGUAUGAUCCAAUCAUCCACCUGGCUCAUCACCCUCUCUCUCCCUCUCACACACACACACACACACACACACACACACACACAUACACACUCACACAGACACACACACACAAUGCAUUCAAUGAGCCUAUGACAGAGCUGGGCUAAUGUCUGACCAUGUUUUUUGGUAUGAUCCAAUCAACCACCUGGCACCUCACACCUUCAGAGUCAGAUCAAACUGCUACUGCAAGGGAGACACCUUUGAGGGCACAACAGUGUGCAGCACAAGAACGGGCGGCACUAGAGAAACUCCCAGAAGCAUCAAUGAUGAAGGCAGAUGAAAGUGAGGCCUUCGACUUCACUGCCCAAAACAAGAAGUGCAAAAAGAGACGCCGCCAGUCUGGAGAGAAAGAGAAGAAAAGACAGGUGAAGAGAAAGGUGAAGAAGGAGAGAGAGAUGAAUGAGGGAGGAAGUCAUAAAGACAAGGCUGAAAAAGAAAGCGAGACAUUUGGCCUUGAAAAGAUAAAGGAUAGAGGACAUGUGCCACAGAAAAAAAGAGAGUCUGCCAAAUUCAGAAAGAUGCAGAGUCUAGAAAAUGUGAUGGAGGGAGGAAGUAGGCAUAGAGAGGCUGGAGAAAAGAAAAAGAAGAGGAGAAACCAGAAGGAAAGAAGGACCACUGAGCCUACUCCACUUCUUGUGGAGGUCAAACCUCAGCAAAGUCUAGUCAGUCCUCCAGUGAGAUCUUCCUUCUUGAAGCCAAUAGAAGGAGAAUUUCCAUUGCUUCCAAGUGUCUCUGAAGACCUUCCUUUACCAGCUGCUCGCUUCAAACCCUUGCCGCCAGUGACCAGACCGCCCAUGCAUCCUCAAAAGCCAGAGACUGCACCAGAGGAAGUGUCCUUGCCAUGUUCUCUUCUUCAAGUGGAUCCUCCCAAACCGUUGGCAGCACCAGAGGAAGUGUCCUUGCCAUGUUCUCUUCUUCAAGUGGAUCCUCCCAAACCGUUGGCAGCACCAGAGGAAGUGUCCUUGCCAGGUUCUCUUCUUCAAGUGGAUUCUCCCAAACCGUUGGCAGUUCCUCCAUGUUCCACUCCAACACCUGAUGAACUGUUUUGCCUCCGACGCAUCCAAGUCAGUCCUCCCAAACAACUGGUGGUUUCUCCGAGCUCCUCUCCUGUAUCUGAUGAAGUUGUUGAUCUGCAACGUUCUUCAGCUCCAGUGUGUUCUCCCAGCUUGAUGAAGGCUCAGCCGUCCACUUCUUCCCUGUUUGAGCCGCCUCCACAACUCAUGCUCAUCGACAUAGAGGAUGAGGAGACAGAGUACGUGGAGUACACGGGGAAGACCAUUCGGGCCUGUGACUUACCCAAGUCUGAACUCCCCCGACCUCAGGAGGCUGAAAUGAAACCAAGACGGAUGGUUGCUUGGUUGGAGAGUGACUGCGACAUGCUGGAGGAAGUGUGGGCAGGUGAAGUGGUGGAGGUCCAGGGAUUUGAAGAUGUGAAAGAUAACACUGAUGAAAUGGGAGACUCCAAUGCCAUAGAAGGGACUUUGGAUGACUCCUCUCAGAAAAAGGAAGAGUUGGAUAAACACAUGAUGAAGCUGUUUGGUGUAGCCUCUCCUGAAGGUCCCAAGAAUGAGACCCAGCACAAUGUGAAUGUCCAGCAAGAGACAAAGAGGAAAAGAAAAUUGCCACUUGUUCUCUUCAGCUGGGCAGAAGAGAAGGCCAAGAAAAAGAAGGAGAAGAAAAUACAGAAGGAGAAGGAGCGAAGAGAAAAGGAGUUGCUGCUUGAACGCUACAGGAACGAUCCAAAACUGAAGCACUUGUUGAUCAACAAGCACAACUGCAACUACUGCUCCUCUGAGUGAAGAUCAUUGUCCCUUCCCAAAACAUCCUCUUCACCUUUAACCUACAGCACAAUUCUGUGUACAAAUAAAAAAACUGUGCAAACUAAAA